AUUCCAUUAUAUGUAUUCACCUUUGUGUUUCUUUUUUAAAUUGAAACCAUACAUCCAUAUCCAUCCAUGAUGUGUACACUUGGUGCAUCAAAAGAAUGGAAACUCAUGUUCUGUUCCAAUUCCCCCAUAGAAUAAGAUAAGAUCGAUCUCCAUCCACAACACGACCCACAACCCACAACACACAAGAACCCUUUUGGCAAGAACAAGAACAAGAACAUCAAUCUCAAGCUUGCAAUAACUUGUAAUAACUCCAAGGAGCAUGUUAGGCCUUAGAGACCUAGUUCUGAUAGCUCCAACGCACCAAGGGCAACCCAUCUCAGAAAACCACAGCAACAGUGCUCCCAACCUCCCUCUGCCUUCUUCGGCAGCACUCAGCGUUGGGUUCGGCAUUUUCCCUCUCCUCACGGCCACGCCAUGCGUGCCACACCCUCACCAAACCAAUCACGACCCUCAUCAAGACCCCACCAACUGUUGGAACCUCAAGAUGUGCCCAGAACCCAAUGUGCCCCCCAAGAAGGGUCCCAUCCACGUGGACCACGAUCACGACCAGAAUCACCACAAGGGUCUCGCCGAGAGCGAUGAAAACGGGGCCUUUGGACCCGACUUUAGGGCGUGUCAGGACUGCGGCAACAGGGCUAAGAAAGAUUGCAUUUUCAGAAGGUGUAGGACUUGUUGCAAGGGACGUGGCUACGAUUGCAACACUCACGUGAAGAGCACGUGGGUCCCCUCAAUUCGCCGCCGGGAGAGGGACACGGUGGUUCCCUCCGCCGCCGCCGCCGCCGCCGCCGUUAAGAGGCCCAGACCUUUGGUGGGGUCAUCGCAAAAUGCCACUGCCACCUCUCAUAGUUCCAACUCUAAUGCUACAACACCUAAGAGCUUAGCUACUACUACUACCUCUUCUCAUCAACAAGAUGCUAGCUUCAAACAGUCUUUACCGGGACAUGUUCGUGCACCUGCGGUGUUCAAGUGUCACAGAGUCUCUGCCAUUGGGAAUGGUGAAGAUGAAUUUGCGUACUUGGCCACGGUGCACAUUAGUGGCCACGUGUUCAAGGGGUUUCUCUAUGACCAUGGUGUUGAUGGGAAAAAUGCAAAUGCAAAUGCAAAUGCAGUGCCUUGUGUUUCGGAACUGCAACUGGGGAACAAUUGCAGUGGGAAGAACAGGGAAUGUUCUUCUGCAAUUGGGGUUCCAACCACCAAUGACUACCCUGCUUCUGCGAGUUGAGGAUUCAUUUGAGGUGAUGGAUCAGUUUCAUGAAUCUUCAAAGGAUGGCAGUUCAUUCUGCAAUUUUGCUGGGAAAACUGACCAUAUAUGCUAAAGUGGGUCUUUAAUUUUGUAAAUUUCUCUUCCAAAAAUGUUUAUAUGCAUACAUAAAGGUGAGGGUCCCCGGUUACAUUUCUUGCACCAGAUUAGGGACAUUGAUGUUGCGGGAUUAAUUUUAUGUGCAAUGCUUAAUUAAAGUUUUUUUACUUUCAUCUUA